AUGGGAGUGAGAUUAGAAGAAGGUGUUCGUGAAGGACGAUUGAAAGAAGGUGGUUCAUCUGAUAGUUCCAGAAGGUAUGGGAAUGGCUUGCCCAAAAAGAAGGAACAUGAUGCUAAUGCUAUUUCACAAGAGAAGUGUAGGAGAUCUCCGAGAAACAAUCAGCGUCACCAGCAGGUGGCAUCAGUUACUCUAGUUAUUAAUCCUUCUCUGGCUGUUCAAAUAGCACCAACUUAUCAACCAUGUUUUCAACAACAUACCAAUCAACAGAAUCAACAACAUCAACAUAACCAGAAAAUUCUGCUACAAACAAGAACUCCACCAGUUAUUCUGAAAGAGCUUCCAUGGUGGUAUAAACCUGAUCAUCAUUGUGCAUUCCAUCAAGGAGCAUCCGGUCAUGAUAUUGAAAAUUGUUUAGCUUUGAAAGUUGAGGUGAGAAGAUUAAUGCAAAAUGGUAUUUUGUCUUUUAAAGACUUUAGUCCUAAUGUGCAAGCCAAUUCGUUGCCUAAACAUGGUGGUGCAACUAUGAAUAUGGUUGAAGGAUGUCCAGGAAAAUACUGUGUUUUUAACGUCAAUCCGACCAGAAAAUCCUUGGUCGAAAUGCAUGCAACAUUGUGCGAGUUGAGCUAUUAUAACCAUGACCAUGCUUCUUGCCACAUUUGUUCCAGAAACCCUCGAGGGUUUGCUGUGGUGAAAAGAGACUUACAAGAGAUGCUGGAUCAAAAUCUUAUUCAUAUUACAAGGGAUAGGGGUAGAUAUGAGCAUGAGAAGUAUGUUGUUUCUCUGUUGGUCAUUCAUUUGGUGGGUCCUAUGCCAUAUGAAUCUAACAAAGUUAUUCCUUACAAGUACAAUGCUACCAUGUUAGAAGAUGGUAAAGAAGUCCUUAUUCGUUCCUUUUCAUAUUUUGUAAACAUUGCCGAUGUAAGUGGUGUGACCCGAAGUGGUCGAGUAUUUGCUGUUGUAGCUCCUAAAAGAACUGAAGAUGUUGUGGUAGGGAAUCCAACUCAAGAGAAAACUUCUAUUAUGCAGUCUGGUCAAUCUAGCGGUGUGAGUCGGAAUUCUGAUCAAGAUGAAGUGUUAAAAUUGAUUAAGAGUGAUUUCAAUGUGGUGGAUCAGUUAUUGCACACCUCGUCCAAGGUAUUCGUCAUAUCUUUGCUGGUGAAUUCAGAAGCUCAUAGAGAGGUUUUGCAGAAACUAUUAAAGCAAGUCUAUGUGGACCAUGAGGUGACAAUUGAUCAAUUCGAUGGAAUUAUGGCCAAUAUUACCGCAUGUAAUAAUUUGAGCUUCAGUAAUGAAGAGUUUCCCGAGCAAGGGAGGAACCAUAACUUUGCUUUGCACAUCUCUAUGAACAGUCAAGAAGAUGCCCUAUCCAAUAUGUUGAUGGACACUGGUUCUUCUCUGAAUGGUUUACCCAAGUCCACUAUGUCCAAGCUUUCUUAUCAAGGUUCUCUGAUGAGAUUUAGUGGGGUUGUUGUGAAAGCCUUCGAUGGCUCGAUGAAGACCAAUGGAGAAUCCAUGACUUCUUUGAAAGACGCACAACACAUGGUGGAGAAUGGUCAACCUUCUAGAUGGGGACAAGUCGUCGUACUUGCUGAGAAUAAGAACAUAGCUGGUUUAGGCUUUUCACCCGGUUCAACUCGGAGAGAUUUGAAGAGAAUUCAGGAAGUGUUUCAUAGUGUCGACAUUAUUCAUUCAAAAGAUCAGUUUGAUGCCGCAAUCAUGGAAGAUAACGAAGAGCAAGAAGCGCCAUACUUUGUGAUGCACUGA